AUGCUCGCGGGACUCCGCCUCGUCUCCGCGGCCCUCGCCGCGCUCGCCCUUUCUUUCGCCAUCGCCCCCGGUACCGCCGUCCACAUCCGCAACAAUGCGUCCCCCGUGACUGUGCCGUUCGCGCGGCGCGUCAAUGCGACCGGCAUUGCGAAGUUGCUGGAGGUAGACCGCGCGCGGGCGAAGUCGUUCAAGACGGGAACAAGAGCCGCGGCAACGCCGUUCCAGCAAAACGCUGCCGCUGACGUUCCGGUUACAAACCAGGCGGUCGACUAUGUCAUGACGGUCACUGUCGGGAACCCGGGGAAGAAUUUCAGCCUUCUCAUCGACACCGGGAGCUCGAACACCUGGGCGGGCUCCCGCCCGACAGAGAAUCCGUUCGUGCCGCUUUUGGGUUCCGCCAGUCUGCCGAUGAACCUCGUCGCUGUCGAGUACGGAUCCGGAUCGGUGAUGGGUAUCGAAGUGACGGAUACACUCACUUUCCCCUCCGGUCUCGUUAUCCAGAAACAGUCGAUGGGGGCCGCAUUAGUCUCCACCGGCUUCACUGCUGUGGAUGGCAUCAUCGGUUUCGGCCCGGUUGGUCUGACUUGUGGUACCCUCAUCCUCGGCUCGUCUUGCAUCCCCACCGUCACCGACAACGCCUUUAGUGAAGGAUCCAUUCCCGAGCGCAUGGUCGGCUUCUCCUUUGCGCCGACAUCGACGUUGGACAAUACAAACGGCGAGCUCACCAUCGGCGGUGUCGAUGACUCCAAGUUCACCGGCCCAUUGAACUUUGUACCGAUCACAUCCACUGCGCCUGCAAGUCAGUUCGUUGGGAUUGACCAGUCAAUCACCUUCGGGUCUCCGACCGGGCAGACUAUCCUCCCCAUGACGGCCGGAAUCACUGACACUGGAACGACGCUCUUGCUCAUUGCUAGCGAUGCGUUCGCGACGUACCAAAGCCUCACGGGGGGCGUCCUCGACCCUGCCACUGGACUGUUGACGAUCACCCCAGACCAGUUCGCGAACCUGCAGAGCGUGUUCUUCAACAUCGGCGAGAACUCGUUCGAAUUCACGCCCAACGCUCAAAUCUGGCCGCGCGCUCUGAACACCGCGAUCGGUGGUACCCCAGGAAACAUCUACCUCGUCAUCAACGACGUCGGCACCCCGACGGGCUCAGGCCUCGACUUUAUCGACGGCAUGACGUUCCUCGAGCGCUUCUACUACGUGUUCGACUCCGGGAACAACCGCGUCGGCCUCGCCGAAACCCAGCUCACACGCGCUGAAAUAAACUGA